GCCAGGCUGAGACCACGCUGAAGGAGUUCAGCCCGUACUACAGGAAGCAGUUCUCUGUGGCCCGUUUCUCUCAGGUUGAAGAUGACCUGGAGCAGCGGAAGGAGAAGAUCACGCAGCUCCUCAACCAGAAGGAGGCUACUGAGGAGGGCGAGGUGCUAUACGAAGAGGCGGUCCUUUUCUUUGACGAAACCAGGAAGUGGAAGGAGAGGUACGUGGUGGUGAGAGCCAACUACUGCCUGGAGUGUCACGACAGCCUGGAGACUUUUUUAAAAGGGAUGCUUCCACGCCAGAAAAUGCUGCCUACAGGGGGCAGUGUUCUGACCACAGAGGAGAAGUACAUGGCCAUGGUGGACAAGUUCUUCACUGAUGAAACCAAUGUGAAUGAGGACUUUGCUCCUCCUCUCUCUGGAAUGCCGGGACAGUUUCCCGUCUACCUGCGUCUUCCCUACAGGAGGGACUCCUACUUCUGCUUCAAACAGCAGGCCAAGCAGGACGCCUUCCUCUCCAUCCUGUCAGACUGCAUCAGGCACCAGAACCAGGACUUCCUGAAGAAGAAGACGUGUGAAGUGCAGGCCUUCCUCAAAGCCAUCCAGCUCUACAGACAGGACAAAGACCGAUACGAGUCCUGGGAAAUGCUGAUAGGAAGUGAUGUCAGGGUGAUGGCCAACGUGGUGAUGGAGCAGUUAUUGCCGUCUCUGGAGAAAGACAUGCUGCCUCACCUCAAGGCCAAGAAGACGGAGAAGAAGAGAGUGUGGUUUGCUACGGUGGAGGCGGCCUACAUCCUGAUCCAGGAGCAUCUGCUGGAGGGACUUUCCACACUGAAGGAGGAAUGUCGAACAUCGCUCCGGCAGCAGGAGUUUCUCAUCCACUCCGACAUGGACCAGAUCCUCGAGUCCCGAUGGCAGCUGGAGGAGAAAGUCAGAGCCAAAGUAUCGGAGCCAGCAGAGAAGCUGUGCUGUGAGUCGGUGCAGCCGUACUUGGGCUCUGUGCUGGAGGAGCUGAUGGAGCCCGUCAGCUCAGGCUUCCAGGAGGGACGGCAGCUGAGUGAAACCAUGAUGGACCAGCUGUGCCAGGACGUCAUGAUGCUGGUGGACAAUGAGCAAGUGAAGGAGGCUCUUGCAAAAAUGGCGAGACCAAACCUGCUGAGCUGCUACCAGAAGAUCGGCUCCCUACAGGAGAAACUGCAGCACCUGCAGGAGAGGUUCGGCUUCUCCAACAUCAAGGGAGUGAUCCACAGCGCUCAGAUCGACCUGCAGCAG